AUGAACAUGCUUUUAAGAUUCAAGGGCUUGAAUGUUCUCAGAUUGUCUGGCGAUGAUGUCGAGUCUCUACGAGCUCCAUUGGCAAACUACUACAUUUGCGGCUGCUCGACAUUAAAUCUUCUAGAAUCAGAAUCAAGAGAGGGUCGUGGUAUCGAAGAGCUUGGGACCUUGAAAUAUCUGAAAGGAUUGUUGGAGAUAAGAAAUCUUGGACUAGUGAAGGGCAAAGAAGCAGCUAAACAAGCAAAAUUGUUCGAAAAGCCAGAUCUGUCUCGCUUGACAUUUGCAUGGGAGCUGCGACAUCUGGAAAGUGAUAACCGUGAUGAGGAUGUGUUGGAAGGACAACUACCAUCCCUCAAACGUCUCUCUUUGAUAAGAUUAGACAACAUUCGAUUUAUUGGAGAUGAGGAGGAGGAGGAGGGCGGCGCUAGAAGACGAAAAUUCUUUCCUGCCCUUGAAGAACUCUGGGUAAUAGAUAUGGGGAAUUUGGUAGAGUGGAAGGAUGCAGACCAAGUGCGGUCAACAGUAGGUGAAGCAGAAGCAGAUGAAACGCCUUCUCUCGAGAAAUUCAUCUUAUUCAAAUGUCCCAAAUUGAUCCCUCAUGGUUUCAAAGGAUUUGCUUUUGCCACCAGCUUAAGAGAAUUGAGCAUCAACAGUCCCUUCUCCUCAGAUGACUCCUCAGUCGAUGAUUUUGAUUGGUCUGGUUUAAGAUCAGCAUCAACACUCCGUAAACUUCGAUUAGAAGGGUUACCUCACACGGAGUCCCUGCCACACCAGCUUCAAUACUUGACUACCCUCACUUCACUAAGUCUGGCCGACUUUGGAGGAAUAAGAGUGCUACCGGAUUGGAUUGAAACCUUGUGUCCCUGA